AUGUAUCUCUUUCGCCUUGCCCUCGGGGUCGUACUCGUCACCAAUGUGAUCGCCACCGUGGACCCCCACGCUCAAGUCCCCAUCUGCCAUCAAUGCGAGGAAAAGAAACCCACUCCUCCGAUUCCACGAUGCGGACAUAACAACAACCGUCCAAAGCUACAAUCAGGCCAGUGCGCAACAACAUACCGGUGCUCCGGCCACUGCGGUUCAGUGGCCAUCCCGCAUCUCAACACCAAGAGCCUCGAAUGCGACUACGCAGAAGUAACUGUAGGACCAGAUGGCUCCAUCAUCGACCAAUGCUGCGACCCGCCCGAGUGCCCCAACGGCUGCAACACCAAACCAGAGUCGAACGACGUCUGCGUCAACGAUCAAAACGGCUGUCCGGCAAUCGACGGCUCGAUUCGGCGAUUCGGCGGCAAAGACUACAUCUACCACUGCAACAAAGGCUUCUGCACCACGACCAUCAGCUCGGUCAGCAAUACUGAUACCCUGAAGGAGUGUGCCGAGAAAUGCUCGAGAGAUCCGGCCUGCAAGAUGGUCUCCUAUCACAAGAAAACAUGCACCCUUGCUACGACGGUCGGAACGGUGGAAAAUGUCCCGGGCUCGGUUGUCCUCGAACCCGUCGGCCAGUCGCCAAACAAACAUGACGGCGGCGACUGCGCGCUUCUCCACCACACUCGCCAGACAAUCCACGGGAUAGAGUUCCAGCUUCACUGCGAUACGCGUCUUGCGGACGCGGCGACAUGCCAUCCGAAACCGGCCUCAUCGUAUGAAGACUGCGCUGCGCAAUGCGCGGCAGACUCCCACUGCGCCAGCGCCACUUUCUCCGCCGGCCAUUGCUGUCUAUCAGACAAGAAAGCACACCCUUCGAAGCAGACCGCGUCGAUCGGCUUGGAGCCGCUUACCGGCUACGGUUGUCCAUACGUCGACUGGGCCGUCAAGGAGAUCGGCGGCGUACGCUACGAAUACCAUUGCAACGCCUGGCUGGAAUCCGGCGGCAAAUGGACCCAGGUCCAUGUAGCCAACGAGAUGGAGUGCGCGCUACAGUGCUCCAAGAAUAGCCACUGUACUGGUAUUUCUCUGCGCGGUCAGCAGUGCUAUCUGGCUACUGCUCCGAUCCACCUCAAGCCGAAGGGUAAUUGGGUAGCAUUGGUACCGGUGAGCGGUCACAAGAAGCCCGAGGAGCCCAAAAAGCCCAAAGAGGACGGCCUCCAGGUUCCUGAGUGUAGAGCGGCACACGGGCAGGUUGUCAGCUACAAGGGUCACACUUACUCGAUUGACUGUUAUCGGUGGGUUGGGGGUGAUGGGUUCACCACCGCUACCAAACACAGCCUGGCCGAUUGUAUCAAGAUGUGCGCGGAUCAUGCCAAUUGUGUUGCCCUACACUAUCUUCCUAGUCAGCAAUUCUGUGCCAUUCACGACAAUAUUCCGAGGGUCGGGACCCAGGGAGACUUUGGGGUGGCGUAUGUUCGGAGGACUAGUUGA